UGUUUUCAGCUACACAAAAUCCCACACAUUAGGACAAUCUCGGCGGCUCUGCCACUCCUCCACUCCCCCAAAUUACGCCAAACACAUCUUUUUUUGAAUUUUCUUUUCCCUUCCACUUCCUUUCUCGUUUUUUCCUCGCAAAGCCUGUGUCUCACAAAAAUGGGCGCUUACUGCAAUGAAAAUCUCUCUUUGCCUACGGCUUGUAACUUGUCUCCUUCGCACGAUCUCAGGCUCUCCAAACACGUCCACGACAACGUCCACGGCAACAUUUAUCUCGAUCCUCUUUCUUUGAAGUUUAUUGACACAGAGCAAUUUCAAAGGCUUCGCGAGCUCAAGCAACUCGGAAUGACACACAUGGUUUAUCCUGGGGCUGUGCAUUCCCGCUUUGAGCAUUCUCUUGGUGUGUAUUGGCUUGCUGGUGAAGCCAUCCACAAGCUCAAAACUUAUCAGGGUUUGGAGCUUGGUAUUGAUCGGUUUGAUGUUCAAACAGUUAAAAUUGCAGGACUUCUACAUGAUGUAGGCCAUGGACCUUUCAGUCACUUGUUUGAACGAGAGUUUCUCCCCCAAGUUCUUAAUGGCUUCAAAUGGGCUCAUGAGCAAAUGUCAGCGAAGCUGAUUGAUCAUAUUGUUGAUGUGCACCAUAUUGAUGUUGAAGCUGAGAUGAUUAAAAGAGUCAAGGAAUUGAUACUAGCUAGCUCAGAGUUUGCACUACCAAAAGUAAGUGCUUAUUUCUACGAUCCAUUUUUUAGGCAUAUUUUGAUCACUGGGAAUUUUUUCUCUCUAGUAUUAGGAAAAUGUAUAGAUGUUGUUGUUUCUUGUCUUUAUUAUUACUACUGUUACUAUUUUGUACUUAUGUUGAAGAGUGCAAAGGAGAAGCAAUUUUUAUAUGAUAUUGUUGCAAAUGGUCGGAAUGGGAUUGAUGUGGAUAAGUUUGAUUACAUUUACCGUGACAGCCGAGCUUGUGGCCUGGGAUGCAGCUUUGAUUUCCAAAGGUUGAUGGAGACAAUGCGAGUUUUGGGUGAUGAGAUCUGCUACCGUGCUAAGGACUAUCUUAGCAUCCACAAAUUAUUUGCUACUCGUGCUGAUCUGUAUCGAACUGUCUACACCCACUCUAAAGUGAAGGCAGUUGAGCUUAUGGUAGUAGAUGCGCUGUUGAAAGCAAAUAGUUAUCUGGAAAUUUCAUCUUCCAUUCAAGAUCCUUCUGAGUACUGGAAGCUAGAUGACACAAUAAUCAAAACUAUUGAGACAGCUCCAGAUGAAGAACUCCGAGAAUCUAGAGAUUUGAUUCGGCGCAUUCGCAGGAGAAAUUUGUAUCAGUUCUGUAAUGAGUUUGCAGUUCCAAAAGACAAAUUAGAACAUUUCAAAAAUGUCACUGCACAAGACAUCGCUUGUUCCCAGAAAAAUGGUGGAGUGCUGCUAAAAGAAGAAGAUAUUGCUGUUAGCAAUGUCAGAAUUGAUUUGACUCGUGGAAGGCAAAAUCCUCUUGAAAGCAUCAACUUUUUCAAGGAUUAUGAGAGUGAGGAGAAGUUCCCCAUACCGGAUGGUCGCAUCAGUCACUUGCUGCCUACAUCUUAUCAGGAUAUGAUCGUGAGGGUGUACUCCAAAAAACCUGAAUUGAUAGCAGCUGUCUCAGAGGCAUUUGAAAAUUUUCAACUAAAAACUUAUGGAGUUAAAGCACAAGUGCAUGCUACACCAGAGAAGAAGAAACGGCGCUUGUGAGGUUACAUUGUGUUGAUUGUUUCUCCUUGUUAGUCCCCUUUUGUCUAAAAAAUAUAUAGAGUAUAUUUUCAUUUGCCACACAAAAAAUAAAUACAGUUCAAAAGUUAUACACUAAAUGCGUUGUGAAGUAAAUGAUAUUAGUUAUUUUAGUUUCCCCUCAACUUGGAAGAAAGAAUCAUACGGACAUCAGAUGAACCAUUUUGUAUAGUUGGUCAUUUGUUAUUGGGGAUUUUGUAUCAACUAUCCGUUUGCUGCACAAGGAAAAGUGUAUGUUUGCAAGCUAUCAAACUUACUGCUGUCCUAGUACCGUGGGUUUAUUGACGUACACAAGGUUCAAGGUGUGCUAUUUAUGUUACUCUCUACACUUUCUAGAUCAAGUUUUAACAUUGUUCCA